AUCAGUCUGAAAGCAAGAAAGAGGCAGUAGGGUAGUUAAGAUUUUGUUGGUUGAGAAUCCAGAAUUUGAGAAACAUGGAUAUCUCCAAAAUGUUAUGAGGUUGAAAAUGAUUAGGCAGAGGAGGAACACGUGGUUGUGAAGGGAUUUUAAGACCAGGCUUAAUUCUUUUAAAAUCAAAGGCAAUGCUUAACAAGUCUGACAUCAAAGGUCCAUUUUCAUAGUCCUAGCUGUUCCAGAUUGUCAUUUCCAGUUUGUUAAGUUGAAUUACACCUCGUGGAAAGUGAACACAAUGAUUAAUAUUAUAUCAGUGAACCACAUUAUUUCUCGAAUUUGCACAGAUAGUCACGAAUCGUGAGACUGCUAAGAUAAAGUCGAACUGUGGGACUUGUAUUUUGAAUUAUGCGGUUGCGUUUUGGGGAAGAAUGGUCUGAGUGCUGCCGAGACCCGUAGUCAGUCAGUGGCACCAUGUCGGAGGGAAGCUCGGGAAGUUCCUCACAGAGAGUGACCGUGGCUGAUGUACAGCAGCUGGUGAAGAAGAAAGAUGCCAUCGAGGCGCAGAUCAAAGCUUACUAUGAUAUUUUGGAGGGGCAAAACAAAGCUGGAAUGGACGAGCCUUUAGUUGAUAUUGAAGGAUAUCCACGAACGGAUAUUAAUGUUUAUGAAGUUCGAACAGCUCGACAUAAUAUCAUUUGUCUACAAAAUGACCAUAAAGCCUUAAUGAAACAAAUUGAGGAAGCACUCCAUCAGCUGCAUGCACAUGACCGGGAGAAGCAUAGACUAGAUGAGGCAGAAGUGCAUUCUGAAGCAGUGGAACAGGAGAAUCGUUUACCAUCUGCUUUUGCCAAAGUAGACACUGUUAGCCCAGGCUCACCUGCCUAUAUUUCAGGUUUGCAAGUUGGUGAUGAAAUUAUAGAAUUUGGUUCUGUAAAUACACAAAACUUUCAACACUUGCAAAAUAUUGCCACAGUGGUACAGCACAGUGAAGGGAAACCUUUAAACAUAACAGUCAUUCGAAAUGGACAAAAUGUACACAUGAAUCUCACACCUCAGCGAUGGAGUGGAAGAGGAUUAUUAGGGUGUAAUAUUAUUCCUUUGUAGAGCUAAAGAUUGUUGAUUCAGCACGAGAAAACCUUCACAUACUGCAAAAUGCUCGCACCAUAGUAACCGAAAUUGGAGCAACCCUGAACAUUGGAACAUUACGGCUACUUAUUCCAGUCAGAGGUUUUGAAUCCACCUAAUUUGAAUUUAAAGCAGACUAUUUAUUUAAUUUGGUUGCUGUGGAAAGUUUAUUUUCUCCAUUCUUUUUCAGAUUAAAUUUUAAACCCAUUUGUACUUUACCGUCAUCAUAUCAUUCUUCAGCUAGACUGUCACAGCCUUUUCUGUUGCCAUGAUAUACCAUGAACAUAACAGUGGAGGAACGGUUGAAUUGAUUUCAAUUGCUGUUUAUUUCCAGAGUUUUCUUGCCACCUCAAUUCUAAUCCCCAUACCACAGUUGAUUAUUAGUAAAUUUCUAGGCUGAGUUGUAUUGAUUACAAAUUAAGGAUAUUAUGGACUUCAAAGUUAAAACAUUUUGCUGAUUUGUAAAGAUGGUAGGUGUAAUACCUGCUUUGGGAAUAGGUCACAUGCACAGUUGAGUAUUCAAGAGUCUUCAAUAUACAUGCAACAUUUUUGUCUACAAAGUUGCAAAUGCUGUGUCUGUAUAAGAAAAAUGGAAAUGUGUAGUUAGUGAACUUUGUCAUGUGUUAACAUUACAAUUGUUUGAAGUGACUUUUUUUUAUACAGGUGAUUUUUCUGAAUCUUUACACAUUCAAAAUGCUGAAAAUCGAUCUGUAUUUCAUUGAAAUAUAGGAGCAAUUCAUGAAUAAAAUAAAUUCCAUGUUUGAUAAGUGUGCUACAGUGAAAGGUUUGUUUGAAGUAUAUGAAAUUCAUAUAUUUGAUAGAAUUAAAGGUAAUGGAACAGA